GCGCUGCUCUACGGGGCCGGGGGCGCCGAGGACCUGUUGGCACCGGGCGCGCCGUGCGCCGCCUGCUCGGCGGCCUCGUGCGCCAACAACGCCUUCGCCUUCGGCCCGGAGCUGAGCAGCCUCAUCACGCCCUUGGCCAUCCAGACGCACAACUUCGCCGCCGUCGCCGCCGCCUACUAUCGCAGCCAGCAGCAGCAGCAGCAGGGCCUGGCGCCCCCCGCGCAGCCCCCGGCGCCCAGCGCGCCCCUGCCAGCCGGCGCCGCCUCGCCGCCCUUCAGCUUCCAGCUGCCGCCCCGCCUGUCGGAGUCGCCGGUGUUCGACGCGCCCCCCAGCCCCCCGGACUCGCUGUCGGACCGCGACAGCUACCUGAGCGGCUCCCUGAGCUCGGGCAGCCUCAGCGGCUCCGAGUCCCCCAGCCUCGACCCCGGCCGGCGGCUGCCCAUCUUCAGCCGCCUGUCCAUCUCCGACGACUGAGGCCGGAGGGCGCCGGCGAGGAGGGGGGUGGGGGGCAGCAAAGGCCUUGGAUCGGGGCGAAGGGGCGCUGGAAGGCGCCCCUGGAAGACCCCGGCCCCCCGCUGCGGGGGAGGAACGAGACUGCAGGCCGGCGGGUGGAGCACUUGGACUGAACUCUGCUGGGAGCGGCCCCCACCCCUCCCCUUUCGGUUUCCUCUCUCUUUUGUUGUUGUUUUUUGUUGUUGUUAUUUUUAUUAUUAUUCAGAAAUGUCAUUCUUGUUGAGCAAAAAAAGCCAACGAACAUUUCGUAUCCAUGAACAAAAAUAUUCACAACAAGGCAGUUGUGAUGCGAAUAGAACAAAACCCAACACUUGAACCAUUCGUCGGUCUCGGAUGUUUGGGACUUUAGGGGAAGAAGAAGCACCAGCAGCUACCAACCACCAUUCCAUCUCAACUUGAAAAGCGUUAGUCACACGGUCCCCAUGCGGAACUCGGUCUGGAGGAGGGGAGGGGUUCCGAGUGUUUGUCUCAGACCAGUGUCAACAAACCAGCCAGCCCCACCACCUUACUGAACCUCCCUCAAGCUUCUAGAAUCCAAUAUUCUGCCAAGAAUAUGCCUUGAUAGUAGCCCUCGGCCUUAACGUUUGUUUUUUAUAUAUAUUCUAUAUAAAAAGUUUAUAUCUCAAAAACUGUUGCAUUCCAAAGUUUCAGACUGGUUUCCUGUAGAGUCAUCCUGCCUGCCCCUCUGGCAGCCUUGGACAGAGCUUAGUUGUUUGUUGGGGAGUAACUGCUGAUUUUUUAGCUGUUUUGAGCUGAUUCGCACCACUGCACCACAACUCAAUAUGAAAAACUAUUUAACUUAUUUAUUAUCUUGUGAAAAGUAUACAUUGAAAAUUUGUUCAUACUGUAUUUAUCAAGUAUGAUGAAAAGCAAUAGAUAUAUAUUCUUUUAUUAUGUUAAAUUAUGAUUGCCAUUAUUAAUCGGCAAAAUGUGGAGUGUAUGUUCUUUUCACAGUAAUAUAUGCCUUUUGUAACUUCACUUGGUUAUUUUAUUGUAAAUGAGUAAAAAAAAUCUUAAUUUAA